AGGAAUGGCUGCUUGUUGGCACCAAACAAGGGCAUCUCCUCCUUUACAGGAUCAGGAAGGAUAUAGGUUGCAACAGAUUUGAAGUGACACUAGAGAAAUCCAACAAGAACUUCUCAAAAAAGAUUCAGCAGAUUCAUGUUGUUUCCCAAUUCAAAAUUCUGGUCAGUUUAUUAGAAAAUAACAUUUAUGUCCACGACCUGCUGACAUUUCAACAAAUCACCACAGUCUCUAAGGCAAAAGGUGCAUCUCUUUUCACCUGUGACUUACAGCACUCAGAUACAGGAGAGGAGGUGCUGAGGAUGUGCGUGGCAGUGCGGAAGAAACUACAACUUUAUUUCUGGAAGGACAGGGAAUUCUAUGAGCUACAGGGCGACUUCAGUGUACCGGAUGUGCCCAAGUCUAUGGCAUGGUGUGAAAAUUCUAUAUGUGUAGGUUUCAAGAGAGACUAUUAUCUGAUAAGGGUGGAUGGAAAAGGGUCCAUCAAAGAACUGUUCCCCACAGGGAAGCAGCUUGAACCAUUGGUGGCUCCCUUAGCCGAUGGGAAAGUUGCAGUUGGUCAAGAUGAUCUAACAGUAGUACUUAACGAAGAAGGGAUCUGUACUCAGAAAGGUGCCUUGAAUUGGACAGACAUUCCUAUAGUUAUGGAACAUCAGCCGCCAUACAUCAUUGCAGUGCUACCAAGGUAUGUGGAGAUACGCACUUUCGAACCACGGCUGCUGGUGCAGAGUAUUGAGCUGCAAAGACCACGCUUCAUCACCUCUGGAGGUACGAAUAUUGUGUAUGUGGCCAGCAAUCAUUUUGUUUGGCGUCUCCUUCCAGUCUCCAUAGCAACCCAGAUCCAGCAGCUUCUCCAAGACAAGCAGUUUGAAUUGGCUCUGCAGUUGGCGGAAAUGAAAGAUGAUUCAGAUAGUGAAAAGCGACAACAGAUUCAUCACAUUAAGAACCUCUAUGCCUUCAACCUCUUCUGCCAGAAGCGCUUUGAUGAAUCCAUGCAGGUUUUUGCCAAACUUGGUACAGAUCCCACUCAUGUCAUGGGUCUGUAUCCUGACCUGCUACCCACUGAUUAUAGGAAACAGUUGCAGUAUCCCAACCCUCUGCCAGUACUCUCUGGGGCUGAAUUGGAGAAAGCACACUUAGCACUCAUAGAUUACUUAACUCAGAAAAGAAGUCAUCUGGUAAAGAAGUUAAAUGACUCAGAUCACCAGUCCAGCACCUCACCCCUCAUGGAAGGAACACCCACCAUCAAAUCCAAAAAGAAGCUCCUCCAAAUCAUUGACACCACCUUGCUCAAGUGUUACCUCCAUACAAAUGUAGCUCUGGUAGCACCUUUGCUACGUCUGGAGAACAAUCACUGCCACAUUGAAGAGAGUGAGCAUGUACUGAAGAAGGCACACAAGUAUAGUGAGCUGAUAAUACUGUAUGAGAAGAAAGGACUGCAUGAAAAAGCUCUGCAGGUGUUAGUGGAUCAAUCAAAGAAGGCCAAUUCACCUUUGAAGGGCCAUGAAAGGACAGUGCAGUAUCUACAACAUUUGGGCACAGAAAACUUGCACUUGGUGUUCCUCUAUUCUACCUGGGUGCUCAGAGACUUUCCCGAUGACGGAUUGAAGAUAUUUACAGAAGACCUUCCUGAAGUAGAAUCCCUGCCUCGAGACAAAGUACUCAACUUCUUGAUAGAAAAUUUUAAAAGCUUGGCUAUCCCUUACCUGGAACACAUCAUCCAUGUUUGGGAGGAGACGGGCUCAGAAUUCCACAACUGUCUGAUCCAGCUGUACUGUGAGAAAGUACAGGGAUUAAUGAAGGAAUAUCUCAUCUCCUUCCCUGCAGAUAAAAUUCCAGUGCCUGCUGGAGAGGAGGAAGGGGAGCUAGGGGAGUAUCGGGGAAAGCUGCUCUGCUUUCUUGAGAUUUCUAGCUGCUAUGAACCAAGUCGGCUCAUCAGCGAUUUCCCUUUUGAUGGCCUUCUAGAAGAACGUGCCCUGCUGUUAGGUCGAAUGGGGAAGCAUGAACAAGCCCUCAUUAUUUAUGUCCACAUACUGAAGGAUACCAAAAUGGCCGAAUUGUACUGCCAUAAACACUAUGACAGAAGCAAAGAUGGCAACAAAGAUGUUUAUCUGUCUCUGCUCCGGAUGUAUCUAUCCCCACCUAGUGUUCAUUGCCUUGGGCCAAUCAAGAUGGAACUGUUGGAGCCUGAAGCCAAUCUCCAGGCUGCCCUGCAGGUUUUAGAAUUGCACCACAGCAAAUUAGAUACUACCAAGGCUAUAAACCUUCUCCCAGCAAAUACUCAAAUUAGUGAGAUUCGAAUCUUCCUGGAAAAAGUCCUCGAAGAAAAUGCUCAGAAGAAGCGAUUCAACCAAGUACUCAAAAAUCUUCUCCAUGCAGAAUUCCUAAGGGUUCAGGAGGAGAGGAUUUUGCAUCAGCAAGUGAAGUGUAUCAUCACAGAGGAAAAAGUGUGUACGGUGUGUAAAAAGAAGAUAGGAAAUAGUGCAUUUGCCCGAUAUCCUAAUGCAGUAGUUGUGCACUACUUCUGCUCCAAAGAAGUCAAUACGGCAGACACCUGAAAUAGGUGGCCAUCAGUUACAUGGACUGCACUAGCCCUAACAUUCACAUGAAAUUCAGAAGUGAAGACUCGUUUAGGAAAAGUUCAUGCUCUGGAAUUUUGAGGCAUGUUGCUGAGAACAUAUUACCAAUAGCUUGUGCCCAGCAGAUCUCUGGACUGACUAUUUUCUACAACCUGGCACUACUGACUUGUUAGAAAAUUGACAUUUUUAACUAUUAAACUGCUGGGAACUAUUAUACCUCUUAAUGCGCCAAGAUGAGGAGGAAUGGACAUUGACCAGCAAUAUGCUUGUAUCGUGCUCCAAAACUGGCAGGCUAGUUUUCAAACACUUCUGUGAUGUUUACUAGUGAGGGUAUGUUUUAAAGUAAACACUUUCUAUUAAGGUAAAAACUUCUUGAUCUGACCUUGUUCCUGGCUUACUCAAGGGUUUUCUCUUUUGAGGAGUAUUAGAAAGUCACUGCAACAGUAUUUACACUGUAUUGGAAACUACUUUUCAAUCCACCAAGUAGUGGUGGAGGUUGGGAGGAGAAGAGGCUCUUUUACCUGGAAGUUGAACAACUGUAUCUGACUUCACUUUUCUCCUGGUAUUGGGAAUAACUGGAUGUUGAACAAAAGAACUUUUUAAUCUUUUGAGGCCUAAAGUGCUUAUCAACUCAUCUUCUGAUAGAAGUUUCACAGGAGUUAGUCACACACAAAUGAUUACCGUUGAAGCCUGUUAUUUUUCCCUUUUUGACUUCAGCUUGUUGUUAGAGGUAUGUAAAUAUGAAUUAAUUCGCGGUUUGCACUGUGUACAGUCACUCCCAGCAUGAGUGGAAGCUUUUAAGUGGUGGCUUUCUGAGGAGAGGAAUCUCUCACUUGCACUGGUACCAUAAAGAGUACCCCCUAAAAGUAACACUUUUAAGAGGGACUGAAGUGUAUCUCUUGCUUGAGCUUCUAGAGCACAUUUAAGAGACCUGUGUAUAUAAAUAGCUCUUCAGUCUUCAGUUCACUUUCCAGCAUCAAAAUGAAACGCAGGCUGCAUUUUGAUGUCUUUGAGGGUUUAGAACAACUCCCUUCUGCCCAGGCUGGUGGUGGUUUUUUUUUAAAAAUUUUUUGCUUUGCCAAGAGGAUUCUAAACACACAACGGAUACAGUGUUUUUCUUUAUAGUCCUGUAAUAUUUUUGUCUAAUUUUCCCAUAAACUUUAAUCUGUAGCAAAGUUGAGAGAGUACUUGCAUGUUCACUUAUUAUACAAAGCAUCGGAGCAGUGGUGAGCAAAGGCAGCAGUAGCACAUGGUUCAGCGUAACUUAAUGUGGGUAAUAUCCCAGUUUAGCCAUACUUCUGUAAUUAAAUAUUAAAUGACAUGGAGCAUGGCUCACAUUUUCCUUUAAAAUCUAUCAUACUCCUCAGGUAAGGAGUUGAGGAAAAUAAAUUUCAGAACCAAAAACCCAUCUGCCCACAAUGUAAUUGCAUUUAAUUGACUUUGCAUGUUUAUGUUAAGUCUUUUAUUUUAACAGUUCUAGCAACAGGUCAUUUGUAGGAUAUAAUUGACCCUACUUUACUUUUGCUACCUGUGUCAAACGCUGCAAGUACCAUACCCAGGGUUAUAUAGCCUAUUCCUUUUCCAUCUAUGUUUUGCUUUCAAGAUCAUGGCUGCCACUAGCCUUAAAUGUCUUGGAUAGUACUGCUGGUGGUGCCUUUCUGUUGCGGUUAGGGGAGUUUCUGCACUGAGAGGGAGUUACUUUUUCAAUCUUCUGUUUGAACAGGAGAACCUAAAACAUGCUUGUAUCAAUUUGCACAUAUUCUGUAUAGUGUUUAUAUACGAGUUCAGGUACAAGAGAUUUUGGGAGUUGUGUUUACAGAUCAUUGACAGUGAGAAGGGUAUCUACAGUUUAUGCAUAUAGAUGUCAAGAUUUUUCUGAUAUUGGUACGGAGGGCAGGUAAUUCAGACUGUCUGCUGCCAGUAAAUCUGCAUGCUCUUACAGUUGGGGGGGGUCUGUAGUAUAUUCUUCUUUCACAGUGAUGCUUAUGUGCCUCUGUUCGGCUUUUUUGCAUACCUUUGCAGAGAUGUAGUUUGUGCUGCAAUUCUGCGAUCUUUCUCAUACCAUGUUUUGAAUUUGCUAGCCAUAAGACAUUUUUGUUUAAAGCAAUAUAUUGUAAUAAAUAUUGUGAACUAU